CUGCAUAUCUUUUUCCUUUCUGCCAUCGUGGAUGAUUGAAAUGGGUCUUAUUUUUUGGUUAUAGUGAAAUAACUUUUAAAUAGCAGGCCAACAUGCAGAUUUUUGUUAAGACCCUUACGGGCAAGACCAUUACUUUAGAGGUCGAAGCUUCAGAUACUAUCGAAAAUGUGAAGGCGAAAAUUCAAGAUAAAGAGGGAAUCCCUCCGGAUCAGCAAAGGUUGAUUUUUGCUGGCAAACAGCUAGAAGAUGGACGUACCCUUUCUGACUAUAAUAUCCAGAAAGAAUCCACUUUGCAUCUUGUUUUGCGUCUUCGAGGUGGAGCCAACAUGCAGAUUUUUGUUAAGACCCUUACGGGCAAGACCAUUACUUUAGAGGUCGAAGCUUCAGAUACUAUCGAAAAUGUGAAGGCGAAAAUUCAAGAUAAAGAGGGAAUCCCUCCGGAUCAGCAAAGGUUGAUUUUUGCUGGCAAACAGCUAGAAGAUGGACGUACCCUUUCUGACUAUAAUAUCCAGAAAGAAUCCACUUUGCAUCUUGUUUUGCGUCUUCGAGGUGGAGCCAAGAAACGUAAGAAGAAGAAUUAUUCCACUCCCAAAAAGAUCAAGCACAAGAAGAAGAAGGUCAAGCUCGCAAUUUUAAAAUGCUAUAAGGUUGAUGAAAAUGGAAAAAUAUUCCGCAUGCGUCGUGAAUGCCCUGGAGAAGCUUGUGGGGCUGGUGUUUUCAUGGCGGCCAUGACCGAUAGGCACUACUGUGGGAAAUGUGGCUAUACUCUGGUUUUCAGCAAACCAGAAGAAUAAACUGUUAUGUAAAAAUAUAAAAUAAAUAUUCAU